CCCUUUGUCCAGGUUAAUCCCCCUCUGGGGCCAAAGCAACAUAUAAAAGGGUAGAUGGCCCGACUCCACAGUAUCGAGUUCUCUAGCUCAGAGACAGAGUGAAAGUCACUGGAGCAGCCCAGUUGCAGUGAGAGGCAAAAAGCAACUUUGUUCGAAAGCAACCCAGCAGCAGCCAUGUCAGACAAACCAACCAGGACCACUCCUCAGGCCGAGAGGAAACACAUGCAGGCCCGCAAACUCGACUUGGGGAUGAACUCGUACAGGAUGACCGUGUACGAGCAGGAGAACUUCCAGGGACGCUUCAAGGAGUUCUCUGGCGAGUGCAUGAACCUGUGUGAAAGUGGCUUUGAGAGGGUGGGCUCCAUCCAGGUGGACUGCGGUCCCUGGGUGUUCUACGAGCUGUCCAACUUCUGCGGCGAGAUGUUCAUCCUAGAGAAGGGAGAGUACCCUCGCUGGGACUCCUGGUCCAAUAGCCACAGGAGCGAGUACAUCAUGUCCUUCAGGCCCGUGCGCAUGGAGUCCGAGCAGCACAAGAUCUGCCUGUACGAGAUGGCCGAGUUCAAGGGCCGCAAGAUGGAGAUCACCGACAAUGACGUGCCCAGCCUGUUCUCCUACGGGUUCACCGACCGCGUCGGCAGUGUCAGCGUGGGCUGUGGCACCUGGGUGGGGUACCAGUAUCCCGGCUACCGUGGCUACCAGUACGUGUUUGAGAAGAACGACUACAAGCACUGGAACCAGUGGGGAGGCCGUCAGCCCCAGAUCCAGUCCAUGCGCAGGAUCCGUGACAUGCAGUGGCACAAGGCCGGCUGCUUCAACUGAAGGGCCCCACAUUUGGAGAUCACCGGGGAGGGAAAGCCUGGAAGGGGGAUAAUGGGGACGGAGCACUCCUCGAACCCCUCGGGGACGAGGCAGCGAACUUGAGACCACGUCGCAGAACUUGUCCGUGAACCGGUGGACGUUCAGCAGAUUUUUAAAGAUAUUCCCUGAUUGAAGUGUUAUGAAUUUAUUCGGCGGGAGGGGAUCACAAGCUACAAGCUGCUCCAGAUCAAGAUCCAACAACAAUAAGGGUGGGGGGAGGAGUAUAACAGGCUUUCCGAAGGGAAUGUGAAAUAGUAUUGAACCUGAUACUAAAAAAAAUAAAACUCAUUGAACGAAACUAAACAAGACUUGUUUUUUAAAAUCGUGUUUUGUCUGUCUGGCGGUGGGGAGAAAGUAAAUAGAAGUGAAAGAG